GCAGCCGCCAGCACCCAUUGGGUGUCCCCAAUGUCCCCACCCCGGGGGUGGCACCUGGGGGGGUUCCUGGGGGAGGGGACAGCGCGUCCCAGUUUGUCCCAGUUCGUCCCAGUCCCUCCCAGUUCGUCCCAGUUCGCCCCAGUCCGCGAUGUUGCCGCUGCUGCUGCUGGCGCUCGGCGCUCCGGGGCGGCCCCUUUCGUCAUCCAGGUGGCCUCGUGGUGCUCCUUGGCUACCAACGGCUCCUUCGUGGCCACCAACGCCACGCUGGGGCUGCUGCUGGCGCUGGCCCAGGUGCCUCUGGUGUGCGCGGAUUUCGAGGGCCCGCGGGAUCCCCGCGCCGUCCCUUGCCCCGGGGGGGGUUUGCUGGCCCCCCUGGGGAAGUUACUGGCCCACGGCCUCAACGGAGACCCGCGCUGGGGCCAGCGGCUGCUGGAACGCCGCCAGCUCUGCGGGCAACUCCCGGGCCGCGUGUGGCCACCGCGGAGCGCGCCGCCAGCGCCUUCGCGUGCUCGCCUCGCGCUCCGGCCCCGCUCCGGCCCCGCUGCUCCUGACGUGCCACGCCUGGGGCUUCACCCCCGCCGAGGUCACCCUGAGGUGGUUCCGGAACGGGGUCGUGCUCGGGGACCCUCGGGAACGGCCCCGGGUGCUGCCGUGGGCGACGGAACCUUCCGGGCCCAGGUGAGCAUCGAGGUGGCGGCGGCGGCGGCGAACGGCGACGCCUUCGAGUGCUCGGCGCUGCACCCCCAGCCUGGAGGAGCCCGUCAGCGUCCGCUGGGCUCCCGGGCUCUCCUCAGGCCUGGCUCUCCUGGUGGCUUUGGCCGUGCUCGCAGCUGCUUUUGGGCCUCCUCCUCUUCACCUUCGGCCUCUGCCGCUACCUGGGCCCGUCCCCCGCGCCAGGUUACACGCCGCUGCCAGGUGCCACCUACGCAGGAAGCAUCUGAGGAUGUCCUCGCCUUCCCCUCGCCGCUCUCCUCAAUCAGCCGAGGAUGGUGAAGGCGCGGCGGAGAAAGGCUCGGGAAAUGCGGGAAGUUGUGCGGAAAAAUUCGUCUCCACUCCCCCAAAAAGAAAUCCCGGCUGAAAAUCCCGGGUGAAUGUC